CAGGCGCAGAAAAUUCUUCGCUUCCGGUGGCGGGGACGGGACGCUAGCUGGGGCGCUGAGAGCCCGGCCCGGUGCAGUCGCUUCGGAGGUUCCGAGUCCUAACGGGUUUCCUUAUAGACCCCCUGGCGCGUCGUUUCCAUCUAGCCCGCCAUGGUCCAGCUAACCUCCCUCCUUUGUAAGACAUACCAUGGCGGACAUGUGACCAUCCGCCUGGCCCUCAGCGGCUGCACCAACCGGCCCUUCUACCGAAUCGUGGCUGCCUACAACAAGCGUGCCCGAGAUGGCCGGUACUUGGAGCAGCUGGGCUGUUAUGACCCCAUGCCCAACACGAAUGGGGAGAAGCUCGUAGGCCUUAACUUGGAGAGAAUCCGGCACUGGUUAGGCUCUGGGGCCCAUCUCACUAAGCCUGUGGAGAAGCUUCUAGGUCUUUCUGGAUUUUUCCCUCUGCAUCCCAUGACUGUGACAAAUGCGGAGAGGCUUCGCCGGAAACGUGCUCUCGAGGCCAGCUCAGUUUCUCAGGCAGCAAGCACAGAGACAGAACCCAGCUGAGCUUCAUGAGCAAGACCUGCCCGUCCAGUCAAGAAGCCUUUCUUAAAGUGUUUACUUUGUGCUAGACACUCUGCUAAGCUCUUGGAAAAAUUUAUUCUUGGAGCCACCUGGCACACGUUGGGCUAAGAACUCAUUCUGUUUUGUUCUGAGGUGAAUAAAGGGAAUUUUCAGA